AUGAAUAUUCUCGUUUUGCGUGUGACAUCGCGAAAGCUGUCGUGGCCGAGUGAUGUUGAUGAUGUUGUUGAUGAUGAUGAGGUUGAUGGCGGUGAUGAUAAUGGUGACAACGAUGAUGAUAGCAUUAAUAAAAUUCAUGUGAACAAAGAAGAAGAAGAGAGGAGAAAAGAAACCAAUGAAGAAACACAGAAGAAGAAUCAAAAAAAGUGGCGGUGUGCCGAUACUGAUGCCAGUGGUAGUGGUAUCGGUGAUGGUGGUGGUAGUAAAGCUGGUAGUGGCGAUGACGAUGAUGAUGAUGAUGAAGAAAUAUCAAGAAUAACCCUUAAUGUCAGAUGA